AUGGGGUUUCCAACUUUGUGGAGGAAGUGGAUUAAAGAAUGUGUAGGCACGGCUUCAGCUUCUGUGCUUGUCAAUGGCAGCCGUACGACGGAGUUUCCUUUAAAGUGUGGGUUACGGCAGGGAGAUCCUUUGUCUCCAUUUCUCUUUCUUUUGGUGGCGAAGGGUCUUAAUGUUUUGAUGAAGGCGGUGGUGGAUUCUAAUAUGUUUAUUGGAUAUCGUUUUGGUAUGCAUAAUGGGGUGUCUGUUUUCCAUUUGCAAUUUGCUGAUGAUACCUUGUUGUUGGGUGAGAAAAGUUGGGCGAAUGUUCGUACUUUAAGGGCUGUUUUGGUGUUAUUCGAAGGCGUGUCUGGUUUAAUAAAGGUGAACUUCCAUAAAAACAUGUUAUUUGGUGUUAAUAUUGGAGUCUCUUGUUUGGGGGCAGCAGCCACAACGUUGAGUUGUAGGGUGGGACGGGUUCCCUUUAUGUACUUGGGUCUUCCUGUUGGAGGUGAUGCUAGGAGAUUAGCUUUUUGGGAUCCUGUUGCCAGUAUUGCGAAGAGGUUGUCGAAAGGAGGAGGGAGGCUUGGGGUGAGAAGAAUGAGUGAAUUUAAUCUGGCUCUUCUAGGGAAGUGGUGUUGGAGAAUGUUAGUUGAUAGAGAGGGGUUGUGGUAUAGGGUGUUAGUGGCCCGUUACGGUGAGGAGGGUGGUGUUUUGAAGGAUGGGGGGCGGAGGGCUUCAGGUUGGUGGCGCGACCUUCAACGCGUGCGUGAUGGUGGUGGGGGAGUGGACGGUGAAUGGUUUAGUAGCUGCGUCUCCAAAGUGUUGGGGAAUGGUAGAAAUACUUAUUUUUGGACUGAUCCGUGGUUAGGUGGUUUUACGUUGUCGGUACGGUUUAGACACUUAUUUGAUUUAAGUGUCAAUAAACUUAGCACGGUGGAGGAUAUGUUUGUGUUGGGGUGGGCGGAGGGUGGUGAGGCGUGGAAGUGGCGGAGGAGUUUAUGGGAUUGGGAGGAGGCUUUAGUAGUGGAGUGUUCUAGGUUGCUUGCUAACGUUACUUUGCAGGCCUCACAGUUUGAUGCAUGGAAAUGGCGACUUGACAAUUCAGGAAAAUAUUUUGUCUGUUCUGUUUAUGAUAUGUUGACUACAUGUGGUAAUUCUACUGUUGAUGAGGCUUCAAAUUUGGUGUGGCACAAAAAUGUUCCGCUAAAGGUUUCUAUUCUUGCUUGGAGGCUUCUUCGGAAUCGGUUGCCAACUAAGACUAACUUGGCGGUUCGUGGGAUCUUGGUUCAGGAUGCGCAUCUGUGUGUGUCUGGUUGUGGGGAGGUGGAGACAGUUCAACAUUUAUUUGUUUCCUACCCUAUAUUUAGAAACUUAUGGCAGUAUGUUCGAGCUUGGAUUGGAGUCACUGGGGUCGACCCUUUUGAUGUUGUUGACCACUUUGUUCAGUUUUCUUAUCUGUUAGGUCAUGCGGCUAAAAAACGUUCUUUUAUGCAAUUAUUAUGGUUGGCUUGUGUGUGGGUGUUGUGGACUGAGCGUAAUAAUAGGCAGUUCAACAAUACAAAAAAUACUAUUUAUCAGUUGUUCUUACAGGUUCAGAACCAUUCUUUCUGGUGGUUGAAGGCAGCUAACUUCGUUCAUGAGUUAGGGGUUCAUAAUUAG